AUGGUGAACCUUCAUCAGUGUCAGAUUGUCCCUAGUGCGUGCUGUGCUCUGUGUAACGCUCUCCCCGAAGACUUUCUUCAUGCGGUUUGGUAUUGUGAGGUCAUUUCAGAUGUCUGGUCUACGCUGGAAUGGUUCCACCAAACUGCACCGUCGCAUUCUAAUUCCUUCACUGAGCUACUUUCCAGUUUUCUGUUCAAUAGAGAGGAGUUUAGAGCAGAGAUUUUUGUGAUCAUGGAGUUUAUUCAAGCUCAAAAUGAUGAGCCUGACCCACCCCGUCCUCCUCCCAUGCAACAGUGGCGACCUCCAGACCCUCAAUGUUUCAAAGUAAAUUUCGAUGCCGUGGUGUUUCGCCGCUCAAGCUUGGCGGGCAUUGGUGUCAUUGCUCGCAAUCAUGAUGGGGAAGCAGUGGGUGCUCUGUCCUCGCCCAUUCCAAUGGCCCAGUCCGUGGCGGAUUUAGAAGCCUUAGCGUGCUUGAAGGUUGUACAGUUUGCGUUGGAAUUUGGCCUCACUCGAGUUAUGUUUGAAGGAGAUUCUACAGUCAUCAUCAACGCUCUUCUUCACGACGCGGGUGAACUAGCUAGUUUUGGAAACAUUUUGAACGAUAUUCAUUUACAUUCUACUGUUUUUCAGUUUGUAAAAUUUGUUCAUGUUAGUAGUAAUUGUAACUUAGUGGCUGAUGCUCUCGCUAAGAAAGCUAGGUCAAACGUUGGGGCUCAGGUGUGGCUGCAUGAUUUGCCAACUGAUAUUGUCCCUUUAGUUUUGCAUGAUGUUCACUAG